AAUGGAAAAGACGACGAAAAUGAAUGUAUAACAUGCAUUUGGUUGGUUGGAGGAUAGGUUCAGAAAAUGAGGAAUGAGGUAAUCGUGGGAAACCUAUUUUUUUCAAAUCUUUGAAAUCUAGAAGAAACUGCGAGAAAAAACCAGUUGCCUAAUUCUCAGACCUUCAUUUUGCCCUUCUAUGGUGGAUAUAUCAUAGGAGGGCUUAAGUAUUGCUGAGAAUAGGCCAAGACCCAUUUUUGUGCGCUUUUGGGAUUUGGGGAGGCUCUGUUUUUGUGAUUGAUUUUGGAUGGUUUUUGGUGAGAUGAUAAGAUGGGGGAUUUUUGCACUGCAAUUGACCGAGCUUUUUGUGAGUUCUUUGGUGCAUUUGUUAUAUGGGUUUUACAUAUUUAGCACAGCGGUGGCCGGGGAUCUCUCCCAGACUCUGAAUGAAUUGUUUUUCAAAAGUAACGUGAACAUUGCGGUGAAGGAGGAGGGUCCGGCAGGGGCGACGACCAAUGCUGGCGGGUUGCCUCCAAUCGUUAUGGUUCAUGGAAUUUUUGGAUUUGGAAAAGGGAGAUUGGGAGGUUUAUCUUAUUUUGCAGGGGCGGAGAAGAAAGAUGAGAGGGUUCUUGUGCCUGAUUUGGGGUCAUUAACCAGCAUAUACGAUAGGGCUCGUGAGUUAUUCUAUUAUUUGAAAGGAGGGCAAGUUGAUUAUGGUGAAGAACACAGCAAGGCUUGUGGGCACUCCCAGUUUGGAAGAAUUUAUGAACAAGGGCAUUACCCAGAAUGGGAUGAGGAUCAUCCUAUUCACUUUGUUGGACAUUCAGCUGGUGCUCAGGUUGUGCGUGUGUUGCAGCAAAUGCUUGCUGACAAGGCAUUCCAGGGAUAUGAGAACACUUCAGAAAACUGGGUACUGAGCAUAACAUCGUUAUCUGGGGCUUUUAAUGGGACUACAAGAACCUACUUAGAUGGCAUGCAGCCAGAGGAUGGGAAAACUUUGAAGCCUAUAUGUCUCCUGCAGCUGUGCCGUGUGGGAGUUAUAAUUUAUGAUUGGUUGGAUAUUCCCUGGCUAAAGUCUUACUACAAUUUUGGGUUUGAUCACUUUAACAUGUCGUGGAAGAAAAUCGGUCUUUGGGGUCUUGUUGAUUGUCUCUUGGGAAAAGCAGGACCAUUUGCUUCAGGGGAUUGGAUCCUCCCUGAUCUUACAAUUCAAGGCUCAAUACAACUUAACAGCCAUCUUCAAACAUUUGCCAACACAUUCUAUUUCAGUUAUGCUACCAAGCGGACAAGGAAGAUCCUAGGUGUCACGGUUCCUUCUAGCAUAUUUGGAAUACAUCCUUUGCUGUUUAUAAGAGUGCUGCAGAUGAGCCAGUGGCGUCAUCCUUCAGAUGUUUCUCCCCCUUACAAAGGCUACAGGGAUGAGGAUUGGCAGGACAAUGAUGGGGCUCUCAACACCGUAUCCAUAACUCACCCUCGUCUUCCAGUUGAACAUCCAAACCGGUUUAUUGUGAAUGAUUCCGAUUGCCAGCCCUUGCAGCCAGGAAUCUGGUACUACAAGAUCGUAGAAGCUGAUCACAUAUUGUUCAUUGUAAACCGGGAAAGAGCAGGAGUUCAAUUUGAUCUGAUAUAUGACAGCAUUUUCGAACGUUGCAGAAAACAUGUGUUUAGAAAGACACCACAAACUUUACCAAACCAAGUUCAUCAAUAGCCAAUAGGCUUUAGUUUCUUUUAUCCUCAGGCGUGUAAUACAAUGGAAUUGAUAGAGAAUCAGAAAAAGGGCUCUCAUUUUAUUUUAUUUUUUUCCUUUUCCUCACCCUUUGUAAAUGAAAUUUUCCUAUCUCAAUGCAUUCCACUUUUGUUUUCUAGGCAGAAUUUUUAUCAUAGAUCUCAGACUCAGAUGUUUGGUUAAUACAUCAGGAUUCAGCCG